UGCUCAAUCAAACAGCCACAUCUGAAUUCAAAGAUGAAUUUGCACAUCGGGUACAGCCCUGUGAUCCCUGCUAUAAAGGAACUGCUCUGCUUUACCUUCUACCAUUAAGAAGAGACAACAGAAGAAGGAAGCUAUCGAAGCCAACAGUGUUGACAUCAGCAUCAUGUCUGUCAUGAAGAUUCUGGCUGUGACUCUGCUGCUCUGUGCCAUGGUGGUCCUCAACGAGGCUGAGCCAAAGACUCACCUGUUCAAGAGAAGCUAUAGAUGCCCCUCUGGUUGGCAUUACAGGGAUGGGUCCGGACACUGUUUCUACUUCGUCAAAGCCACCAAGACUUGGGAUGAAGCUGAGAGUUACUGCAGGAGCAAGGGGGGACACCUUGCAUCAGUGCACACUGAUGACGUGAGUAACUUUCUCAAAUGGCUGGUUGACCCUUACAACAAAAACAACGGAGCAUCAGCAUGGCUCGGAGCCUCGGAUACCGUACAGGUUGGCAGUUGGCGGUGGACUGACGGCUCAGCCUUCAAGUACGAGCCCAAUCGUUUCACGAAGAAUAGUGGCUGGGGGGACUGUCUGCGUAUGACUUUGACCCCAAGCCCGUACUGGGAUGCCAUCAAGUGCUCAUACAGUCUCCCAAGUGUCUGUGCCACAAGGGUCUAAGGGAUCCCAGACUGAGAAGCCCGCUGAAAAGACCAGCCACAGGUCUUUCUACACUUCUGCAUCUCCUUUCUUUUCUGUUUCUGUAGCGCAGCUUAAUGAACGAGGCGACAGGCGGGAGCUGGAAGGUCUUUGAGACAAAGUGAAUGAGUUCUGGAGAGAUUUCUUUAAGCACAAUCUUAUUCUGCAGUGAUCUGUCUUCUUCCUGUUUUCAAAAUAAAAUACUGCAAGCA